AUGGCGGGAUCGGUCCGCUAUAUCGCCGCCGGAUGCCUCAUAUUCGACCAGAGCGGGUCCCGCCUUCCCGAGCAUCUCUGGUCUGAUGUCGCGCAACAACAGUGGCGCCACUUCGGUCCCUUUGGAGACUCGAACACGGAAGGAACGGGGGAUAAUUCCUCUGAAAUCGAUUCCUCACAUCAACCCGGCUCAUCUCACCCACAAUUCCUCGAGGAGCAGACCCAAGCUCACUUCGUGGCUUCCGCGGGAUGCCUCGCCCCCUAUUUAGACCUUUUGCGGAACCGCUGGAUCCGGAUGAGCCUUGGUUUGGGCCCCGAACAAUUGGGCCUAGUCAUUGUUCGAGUUUACAUCCUUCCGGACGAUGUUGAGAACCGCACCAUACCCCGCAGGGAUCCCUCUUUCCGGAAGGCAAGGACAAACCUCCUUUCACGGCUGGAUUUUGCGCCGUCCACGUGGAAUGGACAGCCUGGAAAUAUUCCAUCUCGAGCCCCCUCACUUUUCAACAACUUAACCCCGGAAGUCAACCCACAAGAUGAAGUCGAGGGCCAAACCUUGUUGCAGAUGUUCAAUAACAUCCCGUCCCCUGAUCCGAACCCUGAUGACAUUCGCGACUAUGAAGCGCGCGACGCUGCCUACCGGGUGAUGAGCAGCAAUAUCUUUGGCCUUUCGACGAAACUUUACUCUUAUCAACGGCGGUCAGCGGCCUUGAUGCUGGAAAGAGAAGCUGAGCCCAGGGAAAUACCGGAUCCGCGUUUUGUGAAAGUCGUCGAUCAGCUUGGAAUGCCCUAUUACUACGACCCCGUCACUGGCAGUGGCUUGCUCGAACCUAGGCGGUACGACGGACCUUGUGGUGGGAUUCUUGCUGAAGAGAUGGGAGCAGGGAAAACGCUAAUUUGUCUGGCUCUCAUCCUGGCAACGAGACAUAUUCCCUCUACUCCGCCCGAGCAUUUGCGUACAGAUGAGCCCGUGAUUCGCCCAAAGGUUGGCAGCCUCGCUGAUAUGGCCGCGGCAUGUAUCACCCGUCACUCGGUGCCGUGGAAGACGGUGUUUGGGGCAUUGGAGCCUGAUGGUAUCGACUAUCCCCUAUGUGUCGCAGCGAUCCAACGGAACCCGGGCUUAUAUCAGCUUCCGCCCCCGGCCCGUCGUCGAGAGAGCCGACGGGCGGACGGCCCAGUUUCUCCAACAACGGUGCAUUUGAGCCAUACCUCUCUUGUCAUUGUGCCCCCUAAUCUAGUGCAGCAGUGGAAGCAGGAGAUCACAAAACACACUUCCGGUCUAAGUGUCCUAAUCGCCGAUAAGAAACAAGAGCUACCACCGGUGAAAGAUCUUCUCGAAUAUGACGUUAUUUUGUUUUCGUCGACACGAUUCGAAAGAUUAUCGGAUGAUCUGUACUCUGACCGAAACGGCGGCCAGGUGCUCCUCAGCCCACUCGCAGAGAUUCACUUCAAGCGUUGCAUUGUGGACGAAGGCCAUAAGCUAGGCAACUCAACCAUAAGCCGGAAGAGCAAUCUGCUUCUGCUUAUCGACCACCUGCAGAUCUCAGCCAAGUGGAUUGUCACCGGUACGCCGUCAAAGGGGCUGUUUGGUGUCGACAACACGCCCAGCCCGCAGGAGGAGCACCCUAGGUCCAACAAGCGACAGGUGGAAACCUCUCCAGACCUCGAAAAAGAAGAUCUUAAGCGAAUCGGUUCAAUUGCCAUGCUAUACUUGCGCAUGCGCCCUUGGGCAAACCAACCUGCUGAGACUGGUGAUUCUCCUGCGGAUUGGACGGUCUAUGUUAUGCAACCGAAACACUCCGCCCGCAGCAUUGGCCGAGCUGAUUGUCUUCGGGGAACAUUGGAAUCGCUAAUUAUUCGGCACCGCCUACCCGAUCUCGGUGAUCUACUUCCAAGUGUCGACGAAAAAAUUGUUUACCUGGAUGGCUCCUUCCAAGAUCGGCUCGUACUAAACCUCUUCUCCAUGAUGAUCAUCUUCAAUGCCGUGCAGUCACAGAGAACGGAUCAAGAUUAUUUCUUCCAUCCGCGGCAGAGGAAAGCACUCCUAGAGCUCGUACACAAUCUUAGACAAGCGAGCUUCUUUGGUGGCUCAGUCUUCUCGCCAGAGGAGAUUCUCAAAGCAGUUGAGACAGCGGAGGAAUUUUUGGAAGAACGAAAGGUUCCAAUCGGCGCCGAUGACGAGGCCUUACUGCGAGAGGCCAUUAUGUUUGGCCGUCUGGCUGAGCAAAACACAGUCAAGCGGUGCGCCAAUCUGUUCCGCGAGCUUCCAUUGUAUGUGAGGAACUUUCCCUGGGGCGCCGGCCGCGAGUGGUCUCUCGAUCUCCACGACGGAGACCCGGUGUGUACAGACUCACGCAUGGUCUCCGCAUUACAGAAGCUUCUUCAGCCCUUGGUUGAUUCGCCAAUGUCUCUCAAAUUGUUGUUUGAUACCGGGCGAUUUUCGGCGCGCGGGUGGGAGGAACGGUCAAAAGGUAUCGAGCAACAAACCUCAAACAGUGGAGGGCAAACCCAAACAAAAGUUCUCGCUGGAAACACUCCUCUUGGCCAGGACAGUAAAUCCUCGGCCCAACGGCGCUCGGCCAUUUUGACGAAUACCCUAACGAAUCCCAAGAGCCCCGUAGGGGCCGAAGAGAACCCUGGCACUAAUAUUGCAGAACCACUCUCUCAGGCUCAGCUUAUCUCGACGGCUUCCGCAAAGCUAUCCUAUCUAACAGACCAGAUUGUGAAAUACCAAGACUCAGAGCAGAUUAUUGUGUUCUACGAGAAUGACAACGUGGCAUACUAUCUCGCUGGUGUACUGGAAAUUGUAAGCUACUCAAUCUGCACUCAAUCUGCACUCAAUCUACAUUCACUAACCACUCUUCAGAUCCAGCACUUGAUCUACGCUAAAGGCCUUACCACUGAGCGCAGGUCCCAGUAUGUCGUGACAUUCAACCGCAACCCAAAAUUCCGCGUUCUCCUCAUGGAUAUCACACAGGCAGCCUUCGGUUUGGACAUGCAGUCCGCGUCACGGAUCUACUUCAUCAGCCCCGUCCUCAACCCACAGGUCGAGGCGCAGGCCAUUGGGCGUGUACGACGCAUCAGUCAACAGAAACCCGUAUCGGUCGAGACGCUGGUUUUACGUGGCAGCGUGGAGGAGGUGGUUGUACGCCGCCGAAGCGAGAUGACACAGGCGGAAAUGCGGAAAUGCCGGAGCAUUCUCGACGACCGUCCCAUCUACGAUUGGAUUCUAAACGCCCGCAUUCUACCUUUACCUGGUGGCGAUGUUCCCAGAGAGGAACAGAUGGCGCGUUUGGAGGUCCCGCAAUUCUUGUUUGGCCGGGGCUUUGGAAGGGAGCUAAGUCAUCCGGAUCAGGAUUUGGUUGGAUUGAAUGGGUCACCAGUUGGGGAUAAGAAGAAUGGGUUGGUUCUCCUGGACGAGGGAAAGAAGAGGCGUUCGCCGGGGAGAGAUGCAGCAUUAGGUGGUGCGGAAGUGUUGGGGAAUGGCGAGGCUACACCGGCGAAAAGAGCCAGGGUACGCUUUGCCGGGUCAGAUGAUGAGUCGUAG